AUGGCUACAAUUUCCAAUCCUUCAUUCCUCCUUUUCCUUUCCAUCAUCGCCAUUGCACUCUGCUUUGCUGAUUCGCAAUCCUUCGUCGGAGUAAACUAUGGCCAAGUCGCCGAUAAUCUCCCGGCGCCGGACGCGACUGCCAACCUACUUAAAUCCACUUCCAUCGGAAAAGUCCGUCUUUACGGCGCCGAUCCAGCUAUCAUCAAAUCACUGGCGAAUUCCGGUAUCGGAAUAACCAUCGGAGCCGCCAACGGCGACAUUCCCAAUCUAGCUUCAAAUCCAAACUCAGCGACUCAGUGGGUUAACUCAAACGUGUUACCAUACUACCCAGCAAGCAACAUCACUCUAAUAACCGUCGGAAAUGAAGUCAUGACUUCCGGCGAUACUGGUCUCAUAUCCCAGCUAUUCCCGGCGAUUCAAAAUGUCCAAAAUGCCCUCAACUCGGUCUCACUCGGUGGCAAGAUUAAGGUUUCCACGGUUCAUUCUAUGGCUGUGUUGACUCAGUCGAAUCCUCCAUCUUCCGGGUCGUUCGACCCGGCUCUUCAAAGCACACUCAAACAAUUGCUGGCGUUUCAGAAAGAUAACAAAUCACCGUUCACUAUUAACCCGUACCCGUUUUUCGCUUACCAGAGUGACCCGAGAUCCGAAACACUUGCAUUUUGUUUGUUCCAGCCGAAUUCGGGUCGGGUUGAUUCGGGUAACGGUAAACUUUACACAAACAUGUUCGACGCCCAGGUUGAUGCUGUACACUCAGCAUUAAGUGGAAUGGGAUUUCAAGACAUAGAGAUUGUGGUUGCUGAAACAGGAUGGCCUACCCGUGGUGACACCAAUGAAGUAGGACCAAGUCUUGAAAACGCCAAAGCAUAUAAUGGAAACCUAAUUACACAUCUUAGAUCAUUGGUUGGUACUCCUUUGAUGCCUGGUAAAUCCAUUGACACAUACAUUUUUGCUCUCUAUGACGAAGAUUUGAAACCUGGCCCUGCAUCCGAACGCGCUUUUGGUCUUUACAAAACCGAUCUCACCCUUGCAUAUGAUGUCGGUUUAUCAAAGUCUACGCAAAAGAGUCCUCCGAUGAAAACAACGCAAUGGUGCGUUCCAAAAGGAGGAGUGUCAGACGUUGAAUUGCAGGUAAAUCUUGAUUAUGUAUGUAGUAGAGAAGGGAUAGACUGUGGACCAAUUCAAGAAGGAGGUGCUUGUUAUGAACCUGAUACAACACUUUCUCAUGCUACAUUUGCAAUGAAUCUUUAUUACCAAAAGUUUGGAAGAAAUCCUUGGAAUUGUGAUUUCUCUCAAACAGCAACUCUUACAUCACAAAAUCCAAGUUACAAUGCUUGCAUUUAUCCAAGUGGAAGUACAUGA